CGAAGCACAUAUUGAACCCCGUUGGCCAACAUGAUGGCAGGCGGAGACGAGUCAAGCGCGGCGAUUGAGAUCGAGGCCGAUGUGAAAAGUGUGGACGACGGUGUGGUGGACUUUGCAGUGUGGGGCCGUGCCGAGAUCGAGAGCGAACUGGCCGAGCUCGAUGACUCGAACGAGCGAAUCAACGCCGUCGCGGACCUGUUCCUCAUGCACAACCAAGACGACGAGUCGCAUGCAGAAGAUCUGUGCGCAUUAUGGAUGGCGAACCUGCGAGAUAGCGACACUCAUGACCGCAUUCCGUUCUUGUAUGUGGCGAAUCACGUCUUGUUCAAGAGUUUCAAGGCAAAGUCCACGUCGUUCCAGAAAGCAUUGCUACCGUUGCUGCCCGAGGCAGUGUCGUUGGUGAGCAACUCCCCCGCCGACCGCGACACCGUGCUCAAGAUCCUGCGCUUGUGGUACGACCAAACGUUGUAUCCCUUGGACGCCAUUCGCGUCAUGUGGAAGGAAACGGGGGAGCCAUUGCCGGUGGCAUGGCAGGAGAAGCACACGAGAAAGGCUGAGCCCGCGAGUGAGCAUGUUGAGCAGGUGAACGAGCUCGAGCCCGACCUUCCCAUGGGUCUGAAGGCCCGUGCCGCGCAUCCGGUCGUGGAUUGCUUGAAACAGAUCGAUCAUGCCAAGCGCGUGGUGGAGUACCUUGAAGGACUGCUGCAGGCCCAGCACAAGGACGUCAUGAAGAUGGCGACGUCCAAGUACUUUGUCACCGCCGCGGAGAUCGAGGCGAAGGAAUCGCCCAUCCAUUUGCGGGACAGGAUGAACCACGCCAUGCAAGUGCUUCACAUUCGCAACAAAUACAUGCAGAAACUCAUGAUGCUGCAAACCAAGCUCCGCGAAACGGCGCAAGCGCAGCUCGUGGACGAGAGCGCCGCCUUGGAACGCAUCGAAGCCAAGUUUGAACAAUGUGAUAACAUUGACGUGGGGCUCGCCGACUUGGCAGACCAUCGACGCAAGUACCCUGACGAGGUAGUAGCUAGCAGCAAAUCACACGUCAAUGGUUACCAUGUUGAUGUGGACGAUGCAUAUACAUGUACCAGUGGGUAGCGGAAGCUGAGAAUGCAAGGGAACGCAAGCGACAGAGAGAGGUAGAAACCAAACGCAUGGAGGAGGAAGCGGCGCUGAGGCAGAAGGAAGCGCUGGUGGCGAAUGCCAAGAUCGUGUCCUUGCUGGAAGAGGAGGUGGCACAGGCGCGCGCGAUGGACGUCCAGACGGCGUUGCUGCAGCAAAUGGCCGAAGAAAAGGACCCGACCAAGGAAUAUGUGUGGCACCCGGUCUUGCGCGAACUCGUGCCGCUCCAGAGCUUGAACCAACAGUCAGAAGAUUGGCGAGAUCAUUAGGAACUCAUGACUGGAUCGCCUUGCUUGACAUCGGACGCAUACACAUUGAGCGAAAAGUGCCAAUUCAUGGCGUAUAUUAAUACGUUAUAAUGCAUGCGAUUGUUGGGGUCGAUACUACAAAAUCCGUCAGAGCAAUAAUGUGGCUGCG